AUGACCCUCAUGGCUCUGGCUCUUGCCCAAGCUCUUCCAACUUCACUUUCCUAUCAACCCGGACAAGAAUUUGUUUUCAAUUUACAUGGAACCGUGGACGCCCGUGGUUUUGUUCAAACUCAGGGUCAGACCACCAACGGAACCACCUCAACCUUGGAUUCGACCUAUGUCCACCGAUGUGAUCAAAUUAAUAACGAUGGUUCAUUCAUUUUCGUGAUGAAUAUGUUCAAUACUGAAGUGGGUGUGGGUCAAAGUGUGCCAGAAGCAUUGAGAAGCAAGACUCGCUUGACAUCAUCUGCUGCUGGCUUGAAGAGAAAACCAAAAACAAGCCUUGUUUCUUUGGGAGAUGCUGAACCAUUAGGCUAUGACAUGUACUUCCAACAAUUGCCUAAUGGACAAAUCACCAACGUGUGGUAUGAGAGUGAUGACUCUCUCUACUUUGUCAACGUAAAGCUCAGUGCCAUCACUGCUUUCCAAACCUAUGUCACUCAAAGUGUUGUCAACGGUGUUUUGGAGCAAGAUCCAGUGGGUGUUCAUACAAGCAAUUAUCAAGGUGUAAGCAGUAAUGUGUUGACUUUGAACAAGCAAUUCAGCCAAAACAACUUCCGUUCCUUCUCCGAUGCUCAAGUUACAUCAAACAAUGUCCAAAUCUCAGCUUCUUCUCAAACAGUUGUUCAUGCAUCUGGCUAUAUCAUGCAAACAUCCACCUCACAAAUUACCAACGCAAUUUCAAUGCAAUUAGGAAAUGAUGCAUUGAAGAGAUCUCAAUAUUAUACCAAUUCCACUGGUUUUGAUAUGAAUAUGAGAAGUGCUGGCUCAUUAACUAUUGUUUUAGCAAACCAACAAAAAUUGGAAUCAUUCACAAAGAUUUCACCCAUUAACAAUGCCAAUUAUACAAAGUCUACAUUGUUUGAAGCUGGAAAGAAUGUUAUUGCGGGCUUGUCUUUGCAAGAUUAUAAGUUACCUACUAUAAGCCAAGAUCCUUCUGUCAUGAUUCAAUCAGUUUUAGAAUCCAGAGAACCAUUGAUCAAACACCACAAGACUUUGAAGGCACUCGUCAAGUAUUUCUCUAGCUCUGCACCUGUUGUAAUUUCUUCUCUCGAUAUGGUCAAGUCGGUCCUUCUCAAACACAUCAACUUGGUGAGACAAAACAAUGACAAGAUUAUGAGAAGCAAGUUGUUUUAUAUUUUAUCUGGAUCUCAACACUUUGAGGAAAUGUUUGUCAAUGAGUUUAUUGAUUAUGCUAUUGCUGAAAAGCAACCAACUUUGAAUAAUGAGCUGCUAUUCCAUGCAAUUCUUGCUCUCAACACUGGAUUAAGACAACCAUCCAACAUUAGCAUUCGUAAGAUUCAUGUUCUAUUCUUAAAGUACAGUGCCCAAGCUAAUUCAAUGAUCAGAGACGCAGCCAUUUUGUCAUUUGGAUCUUUGGUUAGUAGAGAUUCGGUUAGCCCUUCAGUUAAAAGAGAUGCUGCCAAUACUUUGCUUGAAAUGUUAGAUCGUAUUACUGCUUCCAGAGAAAUGAGAAGCAGUGAUCCACACUUGGCUGUGAGUAUUUUGGGAGCCAUCUACAAUGCUGACAACAUUUUCCAACCAGAAGAAAUUGUUAAGAGAGCCCUUAAAUUGCUUGCUACUGAAGCCAAUCCAAGCAUUGUUUCUGCACUCAAGAUGGUCUUGAGCUCCUUCGCCAAGAAGCAUUCCAUUCCAUCUGCCAAGCUUAUGCUUGAUGAUUCUCCAUAUCCAUACAAUAGAUCCAUUUCUAAGGAUUACAAUGUUGGAGGUGAAACGAUCUCAAUUGACAUUCACGGAGAUUUAUUUGUUGGUACUAACUUUGAUUGCAAUCAUCCUCAAUUCAACUAUUUGGGAAAGGCUGAAGCCUACGCUAACGUCAAUGUACUUGGUGUUAAGCAAUCGUCCAUCUUUGAUGCUAAGGCUGCUUACGGAAAACAAGGAUCCGUUGCUGUUGCUAACGAAAUCUUCUUGAGUGUCUUUGAUAAGGUAGUCUAUCAACAAACAUUACCAACUCAACUCAUUGAUUGCAACUUGCAUACAUAUCAAUUGUAUCAUGCCUCUCCUGGAUUUAGUUUCUCAUACACUGUUUGGGUAUCAAUUGUUCCAAUUACUUUUUCUGCUGGAGCCGAUUUAGUUUUGAAUGCCCAAUGGGGAUGGCAAGUGUGUGAUGCUCAAUUGAGUGCUAUGGUUGAACUCAUUCCAUCUGCUGAUUUGGUUGUCUCAGGAAAGGCAGAGAUUGAUUUAUUGAUCAUUAGAGGAGGUGUUGAAUUGGAUGCAUCAUUCCAGGCUGCUCUUGUACCUCAAGCUUAUGUCCAUGGAACUUUGUGCACAGUGGGUAUUGAUGUACAAUUACAAACACAUCCAAUGUCUGCUGAUUUCGAAGCGUACUAUAUGUGGAGAGAUUGCAAGUAUUGGAUCUUUGAUUGUCAUUGGGGACAACACGACACUAGAACAUUGUGGUCUUGGUCUUUACCUGCUCAACAACAAACUCUUUUCAACAAGGAAUGGAAAAUUCAAGUGUAA